GGUGUAGAGGUGGGAAGGGCAGACUUUGGAACCACGUCCCUGGCUGUUCCUCUCGGCCUCAGCAGCAGCACACCGGUUUGUGUUUUCUUGUCUAAUGGAAAAGAUGAAAAUUGAUUUUGCGCCUUUGGACGUGCCCCUUGACAGGAGGCUACAAACUGCUUCGCUGGUGCUGUGGGUCUUCUCUUUCCUCGCCAUGGCCCCAAUCUGCAUCAUCUUGUUCUUCUACCUGCUCUUCACUCGCUUCUGGCUGAUCAGCGUUUUGUAUGCCAUCUGGUGGUACUAUGACUAUGAUACACCUGCACGUGGAGGCCGCAGGGUGCAUUUCAUGUGUGGCCUCAAAGUUUGGGAGUACAUGCGGCAGUACUUCCCAAUCAAGCUAGUGAAGACAGCUGACUUGGACCCCAGACACAACUACAUCCUGGGCUUCCAUCCUCAUGGUGUGCUGGUGGCAGGAGGCUUUACAAACUUCUGCACCUGUGCUACAGGCUUCAGGGAGAUGUUUCCAGGCCUUACCAGCUACCUGCUGAUGUUGCCUCUGUGGUUCAGAGCUCCAUUCUUUAGAGACUACCUCAUGUGUGCUGGUCUUAUUCCAUCAGACAAAGAAAGUGCUAGUUAUCCACUCCGCAAAAGACGUGGUGGCAGUGCUGUUGUGAUAGCUGUUGGUGGAGCUCCAGAGGCCCUUGAUGCCCACCCAGGUUCCUUCAACGUGAUGUUGGCCAAAAAGAAAGGCUUUAUCAAAAUGGCCAUGGAGCAUGGAGCUCACCUGGUGCCAGUUUUUUCCUUCGGAGAGAAUGAACUUUAUGACCAAGUAGAAAACCCAAGAGGAACCUGGCUCAGGUGGAUACAGGAACGGCUGCAAAGCAUCAUGGGCAUCUCGCUGCCCCUGUUCCAUGCUCGUGGCAUUUUCCAGUACUCCUUUGGUCUCUUGCCCUACAGGAGACCUAUUCAUACGAUAGUGGGCCGGCCAAUCAGAGUGCAGAAGAAAGAGAAGCCAACCGCAGAGGAACUUGAUGCCCUCCACCAGCUGUACAUGGAAGAACUCAGCAACUUGUUUGAAGAACAUAAAGGCAACUACGGCGUGGACAAAGACACACACCUGAACUUUGUCUAAGCUUGACUUUGGACAGAUGUGAAGUAAAGGUCUUCGUGAAGCUCUGAUGCAGCUAUGUUUCCCCUUCUGAUGGCUUUUGUAACUCUGAAUUUGCACUAAUUGAGACAGUGAAGUUAUGAUGCGUCUACGUAUGUCAAGGAUUCAGCUACCCUACAACAAUUUCAACUGAAUUAAAACAUGCUUCUUGGCUCUCUGAUAUUUUUUGAGCAAAAAAAAGUAAUUUGUUUUUUGAGCAUAUAUAAAUUAGCAAAUUGCUUUAUUUACUGCAAUACUGUGUGUAGUUUGAACCAAAAGAUAACUUUUAUUUUACAUCAAAUGUUGCACAAAUUUCUGAUGUUUAAGUGCUCAACCAAUAAAGUCCUCAAAACAGA